CCUAAGCCUGGGCCUGGCCUGCUCCACUGCCCAGGCCAAGCUGUGUAUCUCUAAGCAGCUCAAGCUGAAUGGGGACUAUGUCCUGGGGGGCCUCUUCCCCUUCGGAAUCAGAGAUGACGGAGCUCUGGAGAGAAGCCAGCCAAAGGGGAUGCUGUGUACCAAGUUCUCAGCAAUGGGCCUGGUGUGGGCCCUGGCCAUGAAGAUGGCCAUAGAGGAGAUCAACAGCUCGUCGUCCCUGCUACCCGGUGUAUACCUGGGCUACGACCUCUACGACACCUGUACCCUGUCCAUGGUGACCAUGAAGCCCAGCCUCCUGUUUAUGUCACAAAGUGGGAGCCGGAACAUCGGCGCCUACUGCAACUACACCCAGUACUGGCCCCGAGUGGUGGCGGUCAUUGGCCCCCACUCCUCCGAGCUCGCCCUCAUCACAGGCAAGCUCUUCGGCUUCUUCCUGAUGCCCCAGGUCAGCUACGGAGCCAGCACUGACCGGCUGAGCAACCGGGAGUUGUUCCCGUCAUUCUUCCGGACCAUCCCCAGUGACCGGGUGCAGCUGCAGGCCAUAGUGGAGCUACUGAGCCUGUUUAGCUGGAACUGGGUGGCAGCCGUGGGCAGCGAUGAUGAGUACGGUCGUCAGGGGCUCAGCGUCUUCUCCAGCCUGGCCAGCAACCGGAGCAUCUGCAUCGCCCACGAAGGCGUCCUGCCGCUGCCCAAGGCCCAAGACUCCAAGGACCUGGGCAAGGUGGAGUCGAUCCUGCACCAGAUCAACCAGAGUGCCGUGCAGGUGGUGAUCCUAUUCUCCUCAGACACGGCUGCCCGCGUCCUCUUCCAGUACUGCAUCAAAACCAAGGUGACGCCCAAGGUGUGGGUGGCCAGUGAGUCCUGGCUGGUGUCUGACCUGGUCACCAAACUGCCCGGCAUCCAAUCGGUGGGCACCGUACUGGGCUUUCUCCUGCAGGGCUCCCCGCUGCCCGAGUUCAGUGACUACGUGGACCGGUGCCUGUCGCAGGCCGCCAACCAGACCUUCUGUGACACCCUGCGAGAGGCCCCGCCCCGGUCCGAGGAUGAUGUGGUCGGGCCGCAGUGUCCACAGUGCGACGACAUCAGCCACGAGAACAUCUCGUUCGGUUUGCAGCACCACCAGACCUUUGCCGUCUAUGCUGCCGUCUAUAGCGUGGCUAACGCUCUCCACCUCUCCCUGGGCUGCAAUGCCUCUGGAUGCCCCUCCCAGAACCGCACUCGGCCCUGGGAGCUCGUGAGCAAGAUGUAUGACCUGCGCUUCCGUGCCCGAUCACUCACUCUGCAGUUUGAUGACAAUGGGAAUGUGGACAUGAUCUAUGACCUGAAGCUAUGGGUCUGGCAUAAUGAAGAACUGGAACUCCUUACCGUGGGCUCCUUCCAAGAGGGCCUGACGCUCAAUCGCUCCCAGAUCCGCUGGCACACCCAAGGGAACAAGGAGCCUGUGUCCAGGUGUUCCCGGGAAUGUGAAGAAGGCCAGAUACGGAGGGUCAAAGGUUUCCACUCCUGCUGUUAUGACUGUGUCGACUGCAAAGCUGGCACCUACAGAAAGAACAGAGAUGACUUGACCUGCUCUCCCUGUGGAUACAACCAAUGGUCUCCUGAUCUCAGCACUCAGUGUUUUCCUCGGACCCUCAAAUUCUUGGCAUGGGGAGAGCCAGUGGUAGUCGCAUUGCUUGUGCUGAUGCUGCUGGGGGUAGCUCUGAGCCUGUCAGCCCUGGGACUCUUCUGCUGUCACUUGGGCUCCCCACUGGUACAGGCCUCAGGAGGCAGCCUCAGUUGCUUUGGGCUGGGCUGCCUGACCCUGGUCUGCCUCAGCGUCCUCCACUUCCCAGGCCAGCCCAGCACGGUCGGCUGCCUCGCCCAACAACCCAUCUUCCACCUGCCACUCACCGGCUGCCUUAGCACCCUCUUCCUCAAAUCAGCAGAGACCUUCCUGGCGUCGGAGUUCCCUGGCCGGGCUGGGCGGUUUCGCAGGUGGCUGCAUGGGCCCCAGGCCUGGCUGCUGGUGGCUCUGCUGCUGCUCACAGAGGGGAUGCUAUGCACCUGGUACCUGCUCGCUUUCCCCCAGCUCAUGGUGACUGACUGGCAGGUACUGCCCCGUGAGGCCCUGGUGCAUUGCCGGGUGCGCUCCUGGUUCAGCUUUGGUGUAGUGCACGUUGUCAAUGUGGCAUUGGCCUUCCUCUGCUUCCUGGGUACUUUCAUGGUGCAGAGCCAAGCUGGGCGAUACAAUCUGGCCAGAGGUAUCACCUUUGCCAUGCUGGUGUACUUCAUCACCUGGCUCUCUUUCAUCCCCCUCUUUGCCAAUGUGCACAGGGUCUACCAGCCAGCCAUGCAGAUGACCGCCAUCUUGGUCUGCGCCCUUGGCAUCUUAGCCACCUUCUACCUGCCCAAGUGCUACCUGCUGCUCUGGGAGCCACACCUCAACACUCAAGAGUUUUUCCAGAGCUUUCUGGAGCUGGGGCCACGGGACAGAGGAGAAGACCAAGAAGGAAAGGCAGCAAAGAAAAGGAGCCAGUGAUCUCCAAAGUCUAGGCUUGUGGCUGACCCAGGAUUCUGAUCCAAGACCCCAG